GCAACACAUUUAAAUGCCCUGAAACAGCAUCUCUCUAUGUGGAGCGUCUACGUCACGCGCUCUGACCCUCUUGCUCAUGGAAGCGCGCGAGACCCAGCCGGAGCCGCCCGUUCAACGUAUAAAAGCAGUUCUAUAAAUGAUGUCAUCCUAUAAUUUUAUCUCAAAUGGAUAUAUCGGUCGCCAGGAGUAAUCUGCGUUUCGGCGGUGUUGCGGCGGAAUGCCUUCUCCUAGGCAAAGCCCUGUGGAGGAAGGGGAGGUUCUGAGCGGUGAGGAAAGAUCCAACAACAACAACAUGGCGACUGAUGCCACUACCACCAACCUGCUGGCCUCUGUUAAAGAGCAGGAGCUUCAGUUUGAACGGCUAACCAGAGAACUUGAGGAAGAGAGACAGAUUGUGGCCAAUCAGCUGGAGCGAUGCAGGUUGGGGGCGGAGUCUCCAGGUGCUGCGAGUGACAGCUCUUCUGAGAAGUCUCUGCUGUGGAGAUCUGCAGAAUCCCCAGGCGCAGGUGUGUCUAAGCCUUCGGAUGGUUGCCCAUCACCCACAUUUGGGGUCAGAGGUCAGGUGUCACUUUACUCCCCUGAACUGGAACAGAUCUCUCUACGAGAAAGUGAGGGGUCUGCGGCAAACUCACGCAGCUCUACUCAGAUGAAUUCAUAUUCAGAUAGUGGAUAUCAGGAAGUGAUUGGUUACUAUAGCAACACUGUAACACCUAGACGUUCUGAAGGGAGGUCCCAGUCGACUAGCUCCGCCCCUAGUGGAAGCCCCACCAUUGCCAUGAGCUCUAGGGCUGAAGGACAGGCCUCAGCAAAGGUGACAGGAAGUGGGCGUGUCAUGAGGCGUGUCAGUUCUGUUCCCUCGCGUGCGCCUUCCCCGCUCUAUACUCCCUCGCCACCUGCAUCGCGACAGCCCCUGCGCACUUCUCUUGGAAGCCCAUAUGGCUCGCCAAUAGUCUCAGAGCCUCGUCCUCUACCUAGCGUAUUUCCUGGCACCACCUUGCCGCCUACAUCCAGCCAAGCCCCUGACCCAGUCCACUCCACCUACCUGGGACGGCAUAGGGUGGGGUCAGAGCUUGAGUCAUCACCAACACUCCUGCGGUCUGGUAUGACUGCUCAGCCGCAGCAGUACGGAACCCUGGGGAAGCACGAGUCACGAGCCUAUGACAGCACUCACUCUUCUUUUGGGUCUCGGGCCUAUGACAUCUUUGAUAGGAUGGUUCUGUCCAGGCCUGAUAGUCUUACAGGCCUGCAAACGUCUUACAGUCAGAACAGCCAGUUAGGCCAGGAGACCCGCUCCCCUGAGUGCCACAUCACACCCAUCUAUGAUGACAGAACCUUCCAGAACCCGCUGUACCAGAGCCCAACUCAUGGCUCCCAGAGUGCUCUCUCCAGAAACAAUACAGGGUUUGGUACUUUACAAAGGACCACUAGUCAGUGUAGCACUCUGAGGUACCAGCGAGGGAUAUUCUCCUUGGGCUCCAUGGCAACGCACUCUGACACCUAUCGCCCUGGCCACUACCGUCAAGCUGAGUCAAACUACAGCAGACACGCAGCUGCCGUUGACAACGCUGUCACAAGAACUCCAUCCAUUGAUAGCGUUCACAAAGAUCCAAGAGAGUUUGCCUGGAGAGACCCCGAGCUGCCAGAGGUGAUUCGGAUGCUGCAGCAUCAUUUCCCUUCUGUCCAAGCCAAUGCUGCAGCGUACAUACAGCAUCUGUGCUACGGAGACAACCGCAUAAAGGCAGAGGUGUGCCGGCUGGGGGGGAUCCGGCACCUGGUUGAUCUGCUCGACCACAAAACCCUGGAGGUUCAGCGAAAUGCCUGCGGAGCUCUGAGGAACCUGGUGUUUGGAAAAGCCACUGAUGAUAAUAAAGUGUGUGUGAGGAACGCCGGUGGAAUCCCAGCCUUGGUUCGUCUGUUGAGAAAGACUCCAGACGCAGAAGUGCGAGAGCUCGUAACCGGUGUGCUGUGGAACCUGUCGUCAUGUGAUUCUGUGAAGAUGACGAUCGCUAGGGACGCUCUCAGUCCACUCACCAACACAGUGAUCAUCCCUCACUCCGGUUGGGGUGCGGCCCCCCAGCGAGAGGACCAGAAACUCAAACUGCACUCAUCUUUGGUGCUAAGGAAUACCACCGGAUGCCUCAGGAACCUGAGCUCAGCAGGAGAAGAGGCGAGAAGGCAAAUGCGUUGCUGUGAAGGGCUCAUUGAUUCUCUCCUCUAUAUCAUCAAAACCUGUGUAAACACUUCCGAUUAUGACAGCAAGAUUGUGGAAAACUGUGUGUGCACUUUGAGGAACCUGUCAUACCGUCUGGAGCUGGAGAUGCCUCCCUCUCGAUUGAUGGGAGCCCAGGACCUGGACAAGCUCUUGGGGUCGGACACCUCCAGUAAGCAGGCCGACUACAGCUGCUGGGGCCUCAGGAAGAAGAAGAAAAAGAGGUCCUGGCAGGAUCAGCAGUGGGAUGGAGUGGGGCCCAUUCCAGGUUUUUCUGGAAGUCCAAAGGGGGCAGAGAUGUUGUGGCACCCAUCUGUGGUAAAGCCGUACCUCACCCUUCUGGCAGAGAGCUCCAACCCGGCCACACUGGAAGGUGCGGCCGGGUCUCUGCAGAAUCUUUCUGCUGGAACCUGGAGGUUUGCGGCCUACAUCCGCGCUGCCGUACGUAAAGAAAAGGGUUUGCCCAUUCUGGUGGAACUGCUAAGAAUGGAUAAUGACAGGGUGGUCUGCUCGGUGGCCACUGCUCUGAGAAAUAUGGCUCUUGACGCCAGAAACAAGGAGCUCAUUGGAAAGUAUGCCAUGCGGGACCUAGUGACCCGUCUCCCUGGCAAUGGGCCGUCAUUGCUGUCAGAUGAGACUGUGGCAGCGGUCUGCUGUGCGCUGCAUGAGGUCACCAGCUGGAACAUGGAGAACGCCCGUGCACUCGCCCAGACGGGCGGCAUCGACAAACUGGUCACAAUCAGUCGAGGACGUGGAGAGAGGUAUUCCAUGAAAGUGGUGAAGGCAGCAGCUCAGGUGCUAAACACUCUGUGGCAGUACAGAGACCUGCGCACCUUCUAUAAAAAGGACGGAUGGAACCAGAAUCACUUCAUCACUCCAGUGUCAACUCUUGAACGAGACCGAUACCGGUCGCAACCCACCCUGCCAACCAGCAACGUACAGAUGUCACCUGUCAUCCAGUCAGGAGGUAGCGCCACCUCUUCACCUGCCAUGUUGGGAAUAAGAGGUCACCGUUUAAAUCAGCGGAGGACCCAGUCAUCUAUGCAACUUCAUAAUUAUUAUGGAGACGCCAACAGAAACGCAAGUCAAUUUACAGGGUCUGAAAAUCAGUCAGCUUAUUUCAUCAGUUCUUAUCCUUCACCUUCAGCAGAGGAGUCCCGCAGGUCACAGCAUGGCCGGCUCUACUACCCAGAGGAGACGAAUCAAAGCAGCUAUGACUCUUAUGGAAUGUACCUGUCAUCUCCGAUGGGCUACGAGGAUCUGUUUCCCGAUGAGCCCGUUUGUUAUCCCGUGGUGAGCGAGAGACAGGUGCUCAAACCCAAUACCAACUACGUGGACUUUUACUCCACCACACGCAGGCCUUCAUACAGAACUCAGACCUACCCAGCCUCACCGGACUCCUGGGUGUAGGCGUGUAUGUGUGUGCGUAUACAGUAUAUGUUCAUGUCAUUUGUAGCCAUAGAUAGAAUAUUGCAAGGAGAUGUCACACCAUGACAAAUAUAUAAGUCAGAGGAAUCCAAGAUUAUUCCUUUACCGUGGAAUGGACAAGCUGUCGCAUUUGAAUGGUGACUGCAUUUUCAUUUGCGGGAUUUAUUGUGUUUUUUGUGUGUAUGUGUGGUUGUGUGUGAGCAAGCUGAUGUAGUUAUAGCAACUGAUUCAUUUUCCAACCUGGUCUCAUAGUGAAAAUGUGACUCUAUAUACAAUUUGCAAAACUUGUUAUACGUGUCUCCAGGUGAAAUUCCCUGCAGUUUCCAGGAGAGCUGAACACUAGAGGCGCUACAACAACUGUGUGUUUUAUUCCCUUUAACUCAAAUCACGACUUGAAUGGCUUAUUAUGACUUUAUAAAUACUUUUUUCUCUAUUACUCAGACCCUGCUAUGUUAUGAUACUGACACUCUUUUACUCUAAUGCAUCUUUUGAAAAACUAUACAUUUUAAUGCUUGUUACAGACCCACCUACAUAUAUGCACUUAUUUCAAUGUGAUAGCUCACCUCAUAGAGCGUCGGACUUUGGACUCGGAGGGCCGCAGUUCAACACCAGUCGAAAACACAAGCAGAAACGUGAGACGACAGAGUCAUAGAAGCCCUUUAAAUCAUGAAAUGAUGUGGUUGGUUCAGAAAAUGUGCUUUUAAUUUUCAUUGGUUAGGUUUCAUAGGCGUUGUUGGGUAAGGACGUCUUUUUAACGUCUCAUUCAUAUUUUAAAACACUAUUGGUUAGGUUUGCGUCAAUUUCUGGUUAGGGAGGUACAAUUUAAAUCAUUAAAACAUCCAUCUAUAAUUCACCUUAAAACCUCGUCUGAAUACGACACCAUUUUACUCGCUUUUAGCGCCCCCAGCUGGACGUUUCAGUGGAAUUCUGAAGCCAAAUGUGUUAUACAGCACAUCAAUUUUGAAUUGCACAAAUCUUGUCAUGGUCAUCUACAUUUCAUGAGAUCAGGCUGUCAUUUUCAAUUAGGGAGUUUAAAUUGUGCGAGCGCGCAUGUGUGUGUGUGUGUGUGUGUAUGAUGACAGAUUUAUGUGCACCAUUGAACUACUUGAAUUAGUUUGACCCGGGAUUGAAUGUGAGCCAAAGACUUUUCAAUCACUGCUAUUUUUUUAUCCCCUUUUCUCCCCAAUUUGAAUGCCCAAUUCCCACUACUUAGUAGGUCCUUGGGGUGGCGCUGUUACUCACCUCAAUCCGGGUGGUGGAGGACAAGUCUCAGUUGCCUCCGCUUCUGAGACCGUCAAUCCGCACAUCUUAUCACGUGGCUCGUUGUGCAUGACACUGUGGAGACUCACAACAUGUGGAGGCUCAUGCUACUCUCCGUGAUCCACACACAACUCACCACACGCCCCAUUGAGAGCGAGAACCCCUAAUCGUGAUCACGAGGAGGUUACCCCAUGUGACUCUACCCUCCCUAGCAACCGGGCCAAUUUGGUUGCUUAGGAGACCUGGCUGGAGUCACUCAGCAGGCCCUGGAUUCGCGACUCCAGGGCUGGUAGUCAGCGUCAAUACUCGCUGAGCUACCCAGGCCCCAGUCACUGAUAUUUUUAAACAGUGAAGUGUUUAUUGAGAACUUGAACCAUGUUUUUAUGUUUGUUUGUUUUUAUGGCACGUUCAUUCAAAUGUCACCUCAAUUCAUGAGCCAAAUGAAUAAGUGUUAUGAAAUUACAUAUUGCCCGAAAAGUCUAAUUAAGAUUUAAUAGCUGUGUAAAACAAAACUAGAUUGCAUUGGAAAACAAUAUGUCCUUUUGUCUGGUCUAACUGCUGUAGCCUACUUAAUAUAAAGAUAAAUGUGUGUUCCAUGGAGUCUAGUACAUCUACGUCAGUUUAUUGUACAGUACAACCGUAAUCUGUGCUCCAAUGCACAAAAACUGUGCCAUGAUAAAUUGCUAUGUAGUAGUGUGUAUAUGUAAGAGACCUUAUGGAGACAAAAGUUAUUACAAAACUAU